AGUUUUAAAGAAACUACCAGGAAUAGCAUACAGGACUGCAGCUGUCGGUUUAAAAACCAUUAUAUCUUCCACAUUUGUCAAAGUAACAGCUGUUUCUGGUGUACUUCUUACUAUAUUGCACAACACUCCAGAAGCAUUAGAAUCCAUACAAAAGGUUUUACCACUGGCGAUAAAACUUCUUGAAGUCAGAGAAGGAUCUAUUAGUUUUAUCGUGAAGUCAUCCAGUUUGUCAGCCCUAAAAGAACUUUGGUCAAGCUAUAAGGAUGGAUCACUUCAAGAAAACAUCAGAAAAGCUCUGAAUGACAUCAAAGAAGUCAGAGAAGUGUUUAAUGGAGAGGAGAUUGACGUGGAAGUCACCAUUGAUGAGGAUGAAUACAGGGAUGCAUGCUGGGACGCCGUUCUCCUGCAAAUGGCGGAUCGAUACAAACCGACUGAAGAGAGUUCCUCUGUAGGCAGAGAACAUAGGCACUCGUCAUGUGACAUGGAUUUACCCAGAACCACAAUGACCGGGCUGGCCUGGAGCGAUUGGAUUAACGUUAGAGAAAUCUACAACGAAUCAAGGAUAGAAUCAAAAAAGAGGAGAAAAGCAGAAAAGAAGGUUGCCGAGCUAGCGCGCGAGUUACACAUCCUUGAGAACGAGAAACAACCCUUAGUAAGUGAAAGGAUUGUUCAGUUACAGAGUGAAUUACAAAGAAUCCAACAUGAACGAGAAGAAGUGAACAGGGAGAAUGUGAGUUUGAAGAACAAGUUGGACGAAGCAACAUCAAAACUGCUUGCAGAGCAAGAGUUUCUCAGUAAUCAAUUAGAUCCUUUGUGGGAAAGCAAACCAGAAGAAUUGUUAAAGGUUUUUCAACAGCUGACAGCUGAUCUAAUCGAAAUAGUCAGCAACACUGAGCUAAAUGUUGAUGUAUUGAUUAAAGUGAUGCAGGAAAUUGUAAAGGUAUUAGGUAGAGCACCGUGGCAUCGCCUUGGUGGUAGUACCAAAAUCUCAAGUAUGGUAACUAUGAUGACUUUGGUUACCGAGCGAGCUGUUAACCAUCCUGACCUGAGAGGGGCUGAAAUGAUUCAGGUGGUACAUGAAAAUGCAAAGAUAUUUUGAACUCUAUCAUUAUAUGAACUUGAUGAUGGCAGUAAAAAGAAGCUGAUAUCAGGUAUAGGGGCUAUGAUGAAUUCGGUUACUGAACGACUUCUUAACCAUCCUGACCUGAGCAAUGACUUAUUGAUUAAGGUUAUGCAGGAAAUUUCAAAAACAUUUCUGGAACUUCCACGUCAGUGGCGGCUUCAUGGUAUUGAAAUGCAGCAGAUCUCUUUUGUUGAAAAAAUGAUGGCAUUAGUUGCUGAUCGAGUUAUUAAACUUCCUGUCCCCAUGAACACUGAUGUAUUGAUUCAAGUGAUGCAGGAAAACACUAAAGUACUGGAAGCA